UCCUAUUCCUAUAUAAUAUAUCACAGUCAUGCACUCACUCACUCAUAUCUUCCAUUGCUUAAACCCUACAAGUUACAACUCUCUCUCCCUCUCUCUUAACUUUCUUACCCACCUACCUUCCAAGUAUGAACCACGAGGCUGAGAAAGUCACCAUGGACCUGGCUCCCCCAUCUGAACACCUCUGCUACGUUCGUUGCAACUUCUGUAACACUGUUCUCGCUGUUGGCAUCCCAUGCAAGAGGCUGCUGGACACUGUGACAGUGAAGUGUGGUCACUGCAGCAACCUCUCUUUUCUGAGCACCAGACCCCCAAAUUCUCAAAAUCAAACCAUUGAUCACACCCUCAGUCUCCAGGGGUUUUACGGUGAUGCCAAAAAGGGGCAAGCAUCAUCUUCAUCUUCUUCACCAACUACUUCUAGCGAGUCAGUGUCUCCUAAAGCAGCACCAUUUGUUGUCAAACCACCUGAGAAGAAGCACCGUCUCCCAUCUGCUUACAAUCGUUUCAUGAAAGAGGAGAUACAGCGCAUCAAAGCAGCAAAUCCUCAGAUCCCACAUCGAGAAGCUUUCAGUGCUGCAGCAAAAAAUUGGGCUAGGUUCAUUCCAAAUUCCCCAACCACUUCAGUUUCUGCAAGUAAAAAUCAUGUUGAAUGAAGGAGCUAGCAAUGGCAUGAAUGAUGAUGAUAUGGAGAGGACUGGAGCAAGUUAAUUGGUGUCCUUUUAGUUUUCAAUAAAUUACAUAUGUUUUUGUAAUGCCAUCUUUUAAUUUCCUUCAAUGUGGAGAUUGAAUUUAUGCUAGCUUGCAUGUAGGAGAUCUGACACCACUUUGAUAUCUAGGGGGAAGACUUGAUCUAUUAAUAUGCUAUUAUUAAUGUUGUUUUGUAUGAAAAGAUGUUUGGAUGUGGCUGAUAAUUUAUCUA